AUGGUGCAGAUGACGUGGCAGCGUAGCUUUCUCAAGAGGAAGUCGCCGUUAGGGCUCAAAAACCUCGGUAACAGCUGCUACCUCAAUUCAGUGCUCCAGUGCCUCACUUAUACCCCUCCCCUCGCUAAUUUCUGCCUCAGAUUUCUCCAUUCCUCCAACUGUGAUGUAGGGGCAUCGAAGGAGAAGAAGAGCGAGUGCCCGUUUUGCAUAUUAGAAAAACGGAUUGUACGUUCAUUGAGCACUGAAGCAGCAUUAGAUACGCCUUUAAAAAUCAACAGCUGUUUGAGGAUAUUUGCGGAGCAUUUUAAGGUGGGGAGACAAGAGGAUGCACAUGAAUUUUUGCGCUAUGUAAUCGAUGCUUGUCACAGUACGUGUUUGAGGUUGAAGAAGUUAAAGCUACAGAGGAGGAAGGGUGGGGUUGAGAAUGGAGGAAACAGUGGUGGGAGUGGCAAUACAGUGGUUAAGGAGAUAUUUGGUGGGGCUUUGCAAAGCCAAGUGAAAUGUUUAUCGUGUGGGUCAGAGUCAAAUAAGGUGGAUGACAUUAUGGACAUUAGUCUUGAUGUUUUGCAUAGUGGCUCACUUAAAGAUGCUUUACAAAGGUUUUUCCAGCCUGAGGUCCUGGAUGGUAACAAUAAAUACAAGUGUGACAAUUGUAAGAAAUUGGUGGCAGCAAGGAAGCAAAUGUCAAUUCUUCAGGCACCAAAUGUGCUUGUAAUCCAAUUCAAGAGAUUUGAGGGCAUGUUUGGUGGGAAGAUAGAUAAGCCCAUUGCUUUUGAGGAGGCUCUGGUGCUUUCAAGUUACAUGUGCAAAACAAGCCAGGAUCCAUAUCCGGAGUACAAUCUAUUUGGCACCAUCGUACAUUCAGGCUAUUCGCCCGAUUCUGGGCACUAUUAUGCAUAUAUCAAGGAUGCAUUGGGCCAUUGGUACUGCUGCAAUGAUUCUUAUGUUUCACUCUCUACAUUGAGUGAGGUUUUGUCAGAAAAGGUCUAUAUCCUUUUCUUCUCUCGUACGAAACAGAGGCCACGACCACCCAACGCAGAUUUGGUAGCCAAUGGAUUAAUGCCCCACGAGUCUAAUGGCUGUACUGCAACCGAGAUUCAAAAGUUGGGUUAUUUAGAGAAACCAGCAGGCUCAAAACAAUUUUCUGACUGUCAUAUUGAGGCAAAUGAUUCUACCAAAUCCAUUGAGAUCAAUGGCCAUGACACAUCCAUAACCCAAAAGUCAGGUUGUUUGAUGAAGCUACCGAGAAUGGAACAAGAUCACUACCACAAUUCAACGACAAGCAAUUCGAUCUCAUCUAAGGUUGAUAAAGGACAUUCUAGCCCUGAAAGGAAGUUCAGCGUCUUUGAGAAAUCGAAUAUCAAAAAGCUCCCUGCUACGCGGAAUAUGAAAAUUGUUGUUCAUAAGAGAGAGUCCAAUGGAAAAAUUGGCAAUGCUGCACCAUCAGUUACUCUGAUGGAAAAGGAUAAAAAAUUGGUGUCCUUAACUGAGAGAAAUGGUGUGAGCAAAAGUAAGUCAAUAGCGUCAGUUCAUGUUGAUAAGAAUGGAACCUCUCCCAUGGCAAGCAGUAAUGGAAAUAUUAGGAGUGUGGAACAUGAUACCUUAGAUGGAAGUCUAUGUGGAGUUAAUGGCACAAAAACCACGUUGGCAUCUGCAAGGACUCUGGAUUGCCAGGAUUUGCUGAGUGGUUGUAGCAGCAACCCCUCUAAUAACUCCGGAUUGAAGAGGAAAAAACUGGGUGAUCUGUGCAUUUUGUUUGCCAAAGAUGCUAAAUCAUGUGCAGAAGUGGAAGCAUUCAAGGACUUAAUUGGGAAAGAAGCUUCCUUAUUUCUGCGAUCCUGUGGUUGGUCUGAUGAAGUUUAUAAAUUCAUGCACUCAAGCAAAAAGUUGUGUGCACAAGAAGCAGGCAGUGAGACAUCAAAUGACCAUGAGAAGAAGAGGCUGUUGAUUUCAACGGAGAUCAUCAAUCGUCCAGAUUUUAAGCAAACAGUUUCUGGACAGACGGUGGGACUGGUAUUCUGUGCUGUGUAUGAUGACAUAGAGAAUGAGGAUGUUAAUAUUUGCAAUCUAUUGAGGGAGCUUUGGCCUUAUAUUAAGUAUUUUGUUGUUGUCAUAACUUUGGACUCUGGGCGUGUCUCUUUCCAGGAAUAA